AUGCAACGUACACGACCCCGGCGCAUCACACCCCUCGGUAUCCCUCUCCUGAAAGCGCACGUCGGCAGCUGGUCGCUCGCUGGCGGGCUCCACGAAGUCGUCGCGCUCGCGCAGCCGACGGCGCCGCAAGUCCACCUCGUUGCCGCUGUC